UACCCCUCAAAAUCUAUUAAAUUCUAAUUCUAAUUCUAAUUCAAUCGAAUUGCGUUACCUGCGUAUCCAUCCAUCGUCGACCAUGAUCAUCAUCAGCCUCUACUCUAUUUUCGCGGCCGUCGUCGGCGGCGUAGCGGUUCUCCGCAUCGUCUUGUCGUUCAAGUCGCUCUGCUAUCUCUUCGCGCGGUGGUGGCGGUGGCCGGACGAGAUAAUUCAGGUGUAUCAGCACUUCGACGUGCCGCGGUACGCCGAGAAUUCGCACGAAGAGAAUCCGCUCUACCGCAAGGCUGCCGUCUAUGUGUCGUCGCUCCCGACGAUAGAGGACGCGGAUGCCGCCUGCCUGUUCUCGUCCGCCGCGAAGUCUAACGACUUCUCCCUCCGCCUGGGCCGCGGGCAGACGGCUCACGACUCGUUCCUGGGGGCCCGAGUGCUCUGGAGGAAGCCGGACGACGAUCGGCUCGUGCUGCGCGUGCGGCGGCGGGACCGGACGCGGGUGCUGCGCCCGUACCUGCAGCAGGUGGAGACGGUGGCGGAGGAGAUCGACCUCCGGCGCAGGGAGCUGCGGGUGUUCACCGUCUCCGGCGACGGGGAGUGGGUGUCCGCGGCGGCGCUGACGCACCCGGCGACGAUGGACGCGGUGGCGAUGGACGCGGAGGUGAAGGCGCGGGUGGCGGCGGACCUCGAGGGCUUCCUCCGCGGCCGCGCGUACUACCACCGCCUCGGCCGCGCGUGGCGCCGGAGCUACCUCCUCCACGGGCCCCCGGGCACGGGCAAGUCGACCUUCGCCGCCGCCAUGGCGCGCUCCCUCGGCUUCGACCUCUACGACCUCGACCUCUCCCGGGGCGGGGGCGGGGGCGAUCGCGACCUCAAAUUGCUCCUCCUCCGCACGGCGCCCCGCGCGCUCAUCCUCGUGGAGGACCUCGACCGGUUCCUCGCGCAGCGCGGGGCCGCGGAGCGCUUCUCCGAGACGCUGAACUUCAUGGACGGGGUCGUCGCCUGCUGCGGGGACGAGCGGGUGAUGGUGUUCACCGCGGCCACCGCGGACGCCAUCGACCCCGCGGCGCUCCGCCCCGGCCGGAUCGACGUGCAAGUCCACUUCCCGAUGUGCGACUUCGCGGGGUUCAAGGCCAUGGCGAAUUCCUACCUCGGGAUAACGGAGCACAAGCUGUACCCGCAGGUGCAGGAGAAUUUCCACAGCGGUGGCGAGAUUAGCCCGGCGGAGGUCGGCGAGAUUAUGAUCGCCAAUCGGGGAUCGCCGAGCCGCGCGAUCAAGUCCGUGAUCGGGGCGCUGCAGCAGGCGGGAGCGGCGGCCAGGAGGAGGAGGACGGGGGACAGCUGGACGGCGGCGGCAGUGGAAAAACGGACUGACGGUGCAGCGACGACGGCGGCAGGGAGCGGAGGCGUCGGCGCGCCGGCGAUAAAAGAGUUCAAGAAAUUAUACGGAAUGAUCAAAAUGAGAAGCACAAACCGGAGGGAGGCGGUGGUGUCCGUCGACGACGACACAACAACGACAACAACAACGGCGGCGGCGCCGAGUAGUAGUAGUAACUUGGAGAAAGAGGGGUGAGUUUACGUAUAAGGGGAGAAAAAAAAAAUUGGAUAAAGAUUGUCUUCGUCAUUUCUCGAUCAUUUUUAACUUAUUUUUAAGGGGGGAUUGCUCAUGCUUGAUCACGAAAAGUUGGUAGGGUAGGAAAAAAUUAAUGGUUUGUGCAAAUUGUACAUAAUACACUGCUGUAGAAUUAUGCUUCAGACGUUGGAACCUCUUUUAGUUGUAUCCUGUGACAUACUGCUGCAAUUUACUUUAAUUUUGAAAGGGUGAGAGAAUGUAGCAAAAGGAUAUAUUCUGAUGAUGAUUCGUUAGUUCCGGGUAAAACAAUUAUAUAUACUUCCUUUAGGAACUGAAUUAA